GCCUCCUCUUCUCACUCCACUAGCACUACUGCUCGCUAGCGUGCACCAGGAUGAAGAACAGGAAGAGCUACGGGCAGCAGCAGAGCCACCUGCUGAGCCCGGUGGGCAGCCCGCCGUCCGACAACGAGUCCGGCCUUGCAGCGACGCCCGGCGGCGGGAGCGGGUACGGCGGCGGCGGGGGCGACUCGCCUGCCAAGGAGCAGGACCGGUUCCUCCCGAUCGCGAACGUGAGCCGCAUCAUGAAGCGCUCCCUCCCGGCGAACGCCAAGAUCUCCAAGGAGGCCAAGGAGACGGUGCAGGAGUGCGUGUCGGAGUUCAUCAGCUUCGUCACCGGCGAGGCCUCCGACAAGUGCCAGCGGGAGAAGCGCAAGACCAUCAACGGCGACGACCUGCUCUGGGCCAUGACCACGCUCGGCUUCGAGGCCUACGUCGCGCCGCUCAAGGCCUACCUCAACCGCUACCGCGAGGUCGAGGGGGAGAAGGCCGCCGUGGUCGGAGGCACCGGCCUGCACCACGGCGACGAAGACGCGCAUUCCUCGCUCUCCGCCGUCGCGAUGCACGGGUCGGGCGACCGCGGCGGCGCGUCUGGGGUCGGGCAGGACUGCGACGUCGGGCUCAUGAUGGGCGUCAACGUGGGGUUCAGCGCCGGGACAGGGACGACCUUCUACGCCGCCGCGCACGAGCGGAGGGCGUACGGCGGCGGCGAGGGAGCCUUCGGUGGGGAUCAGGAGGCGAACGGCGCCGGAGGGGAGAGGGGGUUCGCUGGCCACCUCCACGGCGUGCAAUGGUGAUCGAUCGAAGAGGACUCGCUCAGCCUCAAGGCGGUGCACUAAAUACAUACAUAUAUGUAUUCUGGACUAGCGUACUCGCUAGCAAAUUAACCAGCGUUCUUAGUAAUGCUCCCGAUGUAAUCACUCCAGGAGUAUGUAGUUUCCUUAUUCGAAUUUUCUCCACAAAACAUUUCCAUGAGCAGGAGGUUGAAAUAUAUGAGCCAUUCUAUCUAUA